AACAAAAUGUUUAUUUUAAAGAAGCUUGAUUUCAUCAUUUUAAUUUUGGUUAUCUGCUGCAGUUACUCUCAAGCGGAUACUAAAGUUUUAAGAAAAUUUAGCGUUGCUUUACGUCGUACUUUACGUGAUGAGACCAUAUCUCUAAAUGAUGAGGGAAAUUUAAUUGUGGAAGGUGGAACUGUACAAAAAUUUUCCAUACCAAACGAUGACAAGUAUGUGCAAAAAUUAGAUAUUGUAUUUGUGGCUGAUAAGGAUGGCUAUAGACCGAUUUUUAUAUUGGUUAAGGAAAAAUUUGAUGAUACACAUCGUUUAGCAGUAUCUACUUUAAAAUCAACGGCUGGAUAAAUAAAUAGUUUUAAUAAAAUUAUAAAAAUCGUGAAAACAAAUCUUGUGGAAAAAAUCUUAUUUUUAUUGUUUUAAAAUUAACAAGUAAUAGCAAAUAUAAUAAGUUUGUAAGAUUUUCAUGCUAGAUUCAAACAAUUUGUUAUUCUUUGUCAAAUACAUUAAAACCACAAUAAAACAGACCCACCAAGAACUAAUAAUAACGAAUAAUAUAAAAUACCUUUAACAAAAAUAUUCACAAAUUAGUAACUAUUCGACAAGAGAAGUCUUAACAUCAAAGAUGAAAAUUUGGGUAAACUAUUAUUACAACAUAAAAUUAAUACCAAACAAUAAUAAAAUUUUUCAUUAAAAUUUAGCAACUUUUAGCAAUUAUAUUAGUGCUAGUAUUAAGCUACACUCAAGGGGAGAUACAAAUUUUACGCGAGGUUAAGUAAGUAAUUUAAUAAAAUUUGUCUAUAUCAAAUACUUAAAUCUGUUAACAGUGUUUUGUAUUCAGAUUCUCAACGUCAAAAAACUAUAUCUUUGAAAAAUGAAAAUACUCCCGAAGAAGAAUUAAUUAUA